UCAGUGUCAAAUUGACACUCAUUUAUCUGACCUAAUUCGAUUUGCGUGUUUGUUUGUUUUCAUGUUAAUUGUUUAUACAUUUGCCAUACAGUUUUCGUUCAUUGGGGAUAGAUUCCUCGUCGGUUCAAUAUAAAAUACUUAGUUCCAAGUAAAUAGCGAGAUGUCAAAUAAUGUUAAUCCUUUAGUCGGCACAGCGCAUCUACUUGAUGAAUUGGAUAAAAAACUCAUGGUACUUCUACGAGAUGGCAGAACUCUAAUUGGAUAUCUACGAUGUGUUGAUCAAUUCGCAAACCUUGUUUUACAUAAAACCAUUGAAAGGAUUCAUGUUGGAAAGGAAUACGGAGAUAUACCGCGCGGAAUAUUUAUAGUAAGAGGUGAAAACGUAGUACUUUUAGGAGAAAUUGACAAAGACAAAGAAGAUAACUUGCCAUUAACAGAAGUGUCGGUAGAUGAUAUACUUGAUGCUCAAAGACGGGAGCAAGAUGCAAAAAUAGAACAACAGAAAUUGUUGUCAAAGGCAUUAAAAGAAAGAGGAUUAAAUUUAUUAGCAGAUCUGGGACAUGAUGAUAUGUUUUAAAUUAAGUAAUUAGAUUUCUUUGUUACUUAUAUUAUUACUUUUAUAUUACGAGGGUGAACCAAAAAAUUCUUGGAAUCAAUAUUAAAAAAUGCAAUGAUUUAAAUAAUAAUAUUUUAUUUUUCUACAUAAUCUCCCUCCAAUGCAAUGCAUUUCGAAUAACGCGUUUCUAACUUCCAUAUUCCUUGUGAAAAAA